GUUUUUGCAGAAGAACAGAUGGAUUAGUAGCCCUUAACAAAUGUGUUUUUAACAUAUUUUAUUUAAUGUUAAACACAUAUUUGGCAUACAUUCACUGGAAUCAAGAGAGUUACCUUCUCGGUGUGCUGUAGCUGGAGACAUUGAAUCUGUGUUAGUGUGGGUGUGAAGGUGUUCUCCAGCAGGGAUCAUGAGUGACAGUCAUCCUUUGCGGCCGAUGAGCUCCGCGUCUGAGAUCGACCACCUCCAUCUCCUGUCAGAGCAGCUCGGCGCUUUAGUUCCCGGUGAAGAGUACAGCGAUGUUACCUUCGUGGUGGAGGAGAAGCGAUUUCCUGCACACAGAGUCAUUUUAGCGGCCCGCUGCCAGUAUUUCAGGGCUCUACUGUAUGGGGGACUGAAAGAGUCCCGGGACCAGGCGGAGGUUCGGUUGGAGGAAACACGUGCCGAGGCUUUUUCCAUGUUGUUGCGGUACCUGUACACGGGCCGAGCCACCCUGAGUGAAGCCAAAGAAGAGACUCUGUUAGAUUUCCUGGGGCUGGCGCACCGCUACGACCUCCAACCACUAGAGGGCUCCAUAUGCGAGUUCCUCCGCACUUUAUUGAGCACGCGAAAUGUCUGUCUGGUGUUUGAUGUGGCUAGUCUGUACUGUCUGAAUGGGCUGGCCGAGGCCUGCAUGGCCUACAUGGACCGUAACGCCACUGAAGUGUUGAAGUCAGAUGGCUUUCUCACGCUUUCAAAGUCUGCCCUGUUGACCGUGGUGAGGAGAGAUUCCUUCGCUGCAAGUGAGAGGGAGAUAUUUCAGGCCCUCUGUCGCUGGUGUCACCACAACGGCGAUGGCCCAGAGGCGAAGGAAGUGAUGUCAGCAGUGCGACUGCCCCUGAUGACCCUCUCUGAAAUGCUGAAUGUGGUUCGUCCCUCGGGCCUCCUGAGCCCAGACGACCUGCUAGAUGCCAUACAGACCCGCUCGGAGAGCAGAGACAUGGACCUUAACUACCGCGGCAUGCUCAUCCCAGAGGAGAACAUUGCCACUAUGAAACACGGUGCUGUGGUGGUGAAGGGUGAGAUGAAGUCUGCUCUGCUGGAUGGAGACACGCAGAACUAUGAUCUGGACCACGGCUUCUCAAGACACCCCAUAGAAGAAGAGGGACGAGCCGCUGGCAUCCAGGUCCGCUUGGGUCAACCCUCCAUCAUCAACCACCUACGUCUGCUGCUGUGGGACAAGGACAGCAGGUCAUACUCGUACUAUAUCGAGGUGUCUAUGGAUGAGCUGGACUGGGUGCGUGUGGUGGAUCACUCCAAGUUCCUGUGCCGCUCCUGGCAGCAUCUUUAUUUCCCAGCACGAGUCUGCAGGUUUAUUCGUGUUGUGGGGACACAUAACACUGUCAACAAAGUGUUUCACUUGGUGGCUCUGGAGUGCAUGUACACACAGCGACCUUUCACGUUAGAGAAAGGCAUACUGGUUCCCACAGAGAACAUUGCGACUGUGCAGGCAUGUGCGAGUGUGAUUGAGGGUGUGAGUCGCAGCAGAAACGCCCUGCUGAAUGGGGACACCAGCCACUAUGAUUGGGACUCGGGGUACACCUGCCACCAGCUGGGCUCUGGAGCCAUCGUUAUCCAGCUCGCUCAGCCAUACGUGCUGGGCUCAAUGCGGUUGCUGUUAUGGGACUGUGAUGAGAGGAGCUAUAGUUAUUACGUGGAGUUGUCCACAAACCAGCAACAUUGGGUGAGAGUUGUAGACCGCACUAAGGUGGCGUGCAGGUCGUGGCAGACUCUGACGUUUGACAGACAGUCUGCAUCCUUUAUUCGUAUCGUAGGAACUCACAACACAGCUAAUGAGGUGUUCCACUGCGUUCACUUUGAGUGCCCCGCACAGGCAGACAUGGUUGUUAAAGAAGGAAGUCCUGGACCAGAUCAGCCCAAACCAGAAUGCAGCUCCCAGAACUCAGAUACACAGAGCCUGAUGUCCCAAAAACCCUCCACAUCUCCACACACAUAAGCUAUGGAUGAUUUCUCCAUGCUGCUCACUUGAAUUAAGUAUGACAAGACACACUUGAGAUGCUCAACUUAAAAGGCUGUUCUCAAGGUUAUGUGCUGCUAAAGAAAGAACUAUUUAUAUUUAUGAGAAAAUACUUGGGCUGAAUGUAACAUGAUGGUGAAUAUGACUGUCACAUGCACUUGUUUUAUUAUGUUCAGAUCACUAUAAAAACCAUAGUAAUAAAAGUAUUAAAGACCUAAUGUUUUUGCGAUACGGUCUCAUGCAUUCAUUAGACAUCUAACCAUUGUUUAAUAUAGAGAAGUACACAACAAUCCAGGUUAAAAUUAAAAAUUUAAAUCACCAUGAACUGCAUAGUCUUGAAUGCAUUUACUUUGAACAGUUUUGUUCAUGUUUUUUAUGUUGGAAUCAAACCAACUUCUGCCAAAAGACAGUUUGCACUGAAAAAAUGUAGAGUUUGAUUGGACGUGCAGUCUUUGACGUCAGCAACAAAAGAUAUGAGUGUUUUCUCUUCCCUUUUUUAAAGUUGCAAAGUCUUUUUUUUAUUAUUUUGCCAUCUUCACUAAUAUAAAAAGCAAUAUUAUGUAGUUGCA